AUGGUGAUGAAAAGUAAGGUGGUGUCCGAGCAUUUGAGGGACCUCGGCAAUAUCUUUGAAGUCCUGAGAAAAUACAGGCUGCGCCUAAACGCGUCUAAAUAUUCGUUCGGAGUGGGAUCAGGGAAAUUCUUAGGCUAUAUGGUGACCUAUAGAAGUAUUAAAUUCAGCCCCGACCAGAUUAGAGCUAUCCACAGCAUGCAGCCUCGGAACCCCAAGGAGGUCCAAAAGUUCACCGGCAUGAUUGCCGCCUUGAACCGUUUUAUCUCUCGUUUGGCGAAUAGGUGUAGGCCUUACUUUCUCUUAUUAAACAAGUGGAAGGGGUUCGAGUGGACUGAAGAAUGCGCUUUGGCCUUCCAGCAGCUUAAAGAGUAUCUGUCUCGGCCACCAAUAAUGUCUAGUCCUGAAGCUGACGAGGUUUUAUUCGCCUACAUUGCCGUGACCCCUCACGCAGUGAGCCUAGUGCUGAUCCGGAUGGACAAUGGCAUACAACGGCCUAUCUAUUACGUGAGCAAGUCAUUGCAUGAGGCUGAGAUCCGUUACCUCCCCUUGGAAAAGGCCAUCCUGGCGAUCGUACAAGCCACGCGAAAGCUCCCCCACUAUUUCCAGGCACACACAGUUGUUGUAUUAACCCAACUCCCGCUCAGGUCAAUACUCCGAAGUGCCAAUUACACAGGGAGAAUAGUUAUGUGGGGGACCAUUCUUGGCGCCUUCGACAUUAGGUACAUGCCUCGCAACGCUGUGAAGGGCCAAGUCCUCGCGGAUCUGGUAGCUGAGUUUGCUGAACCCUCACCAGAAGAAGAAGAAGGGAUACCAAGCACGGACAAAAAAUUGGUCGGCACAGUCUCUCAGCAAGGACCCACCUGUUGGAAAGCAUAUAUUGACAGCGCAACAAAUCAAAGGGGCUUUGGGGUGGGACUCGUCCUGAUUUCCCCCGAGGGGAUCACCAUCGAGAAAUCACCAAGGCUGGGUUUUUCGGCCACGAAUAACGAGGCAGAAUAUGAGGCCCUGUUGGAAGGAAUGUCUAUGGUCGAGAAAUUGGGCGGGAAAUCCAUAAACAUGUUCUCUGACUCAAGACCUGUUGUAGGACAAGUAAAUGGGGAAUUGGAGGCAAAGGAUGAAAGAAUGCAAGAGUAUUUGGUCCAAGCCAAGCACUUGCGGACGCGUUUUAACUCUUUUAGCCUAAUGCAUGUGUCUAGGAGCAGAAACACCCACGCUGAUUCUCUUGCCACGCUAGCCACCUCCUCGGCGCAAUGCCUACCUCGGGUUAUACUCGUGGAAGAUCUCCACAGGAGGGGUGGUGAAGGCCAAGUUGAUGUAUGUUCACAGCAUUAG